GUCCAAGCGAGCCCUGGUGCGCCUUGGCUAGAAAACCUCGUUUGUGGAGGCCCCGCUAACCCCAUCACUGCAAUGAACUCUUCUGGGUUCUGGGGAAUAUUCCCCAUUUCCGUGAGACCGAUCGUAUGACAGUAUGUAGUUCUCCGCCCACUCUUGGAGGUCCGGGGCGAGUGUAACUACUUUCCCCAUCCUGUUUCCGUACCUACGGGUCACUCUCGUGGCUCCUAGUGGCUUGCUUCCUUUUUGUCCAGCUCGAUAGACAACAUUCAACCAUUCAUGUAUAAGUAGGAACAGCUCGUCCUUCAAAUUUUGAGCAGAGCUCGCCAGCACUUCUGUUUUCGAUCAAUAACUUCUUAUUCUUCUUCUUCACCGUUGAAACAGAUUUCAUCAUGGAUAACUUCCGUCAAAGGUUCCCUGCUCCAAGGCAAUCUCUGCUUGAGAAAGAGGCUCGCACUUCAUCAGCGCCAUCAGCAGCCUAUGAACCAUCAAAGAUAUCCCAACUCGCCAAAGAAGCUCCGUCAUGGUACAAGGUCGCGUCUCGUCGUCGUCUCUAUGGCCUCCUCUUUCCUGCAGCCAUUGUUAGUUAUAUGACAAGUGGCUAUGAUGGCUCUAUGAUGAACUCCCUUCAGACAGUUUCAUACUGGGACGAUUACUUCGGACGACCCAGAGGCUCAACACUUGGUCUUGUAUCUGCAGUCAUUGCGCUAGGCGCAAUAUGCUCGACUCCUUUCGCUCCAUGGGUCGCUGAUAAAUAUGGGCGGAGAAUGGGCAUUACAGUCGGGAGCAUCAUCAUGAUCGCCGGUGCUAUCAUCCAGUGCGAGAGCAAGAACUUCGCAACGUUCUGUGUUGCACGGUUCAUUCUAGGAUUCGGACUUUCUUUCUGUACCACUGCUUCGCCUAGUCUCGUCACCGAACUUUCUCACCCAAAAGAGCGUGUAGCUGUUACUGCUGUAUGCAAUACCUGUUGGUUCUUGGGAAGUAUUCUUGCCGCAUGGAUUACAUACGGGACCCGACUCAUUCCCAGCACAUGGUCGUGGAGAAUCCCUUCGCUCUUGCAGAUGGUACCCAGUUUGAUUCAACUUUCAGCUAUCUGGUUCUUACCUGAAUCGCCUCGAUGGCUUAUUUCAAACGACAGGGGUGACGAGGCAAUGGCAGCACUGAUUCAAUACCAUGGUGAUGGAGUGCAGACUGAGUUGGUCCAACUUGAAUAUGCUGAGAUCUGCGCUGCAAUUGAGCUAGAGAAAUCAACCGGGGCUACGACCUGGAAAUCAAUGAUUAGCAGCAAAGGAAACAGAUAUCGUGUGUUCAUCGUCGUUUGCAUGGGCACGUUCUCACAAUGGUCGGGUAACGGGCUCGUAUCGUAUUACCUGGCAAGGAUUCUAGAUAGCAUCGGAAUCACCAAUAAAGGCACACAAGCGCUCAUCAACGGCAUUCUCAGCAUCUGGAAUUUUGGAAUUGCUCUGACAUCAGCUUUCUUAACCGAACGCAUUGGCAGACGACCUCUUUUCCGGAUUUCAACCGUCGGCAUGCUCAUAAUCUUCACCACAUGGACAAUCUGCUCUGCCCUGUUUGCGCAAACAGGUGCAAACUCGGCCGCCAUCGCAGUCCUGGUCUUCAUUUUCAUCUUCCAGUUCUUCUACUGCAUCGCGUUCUCGCCCUUACCCGUCGCAUAUUCUGUCGAGAUUCUGACUUAUUCUGUCCGGGCAAAAGGCAUGGCGACAUAUGUGUUCUCCACCAAAGUUGCAGUGUUUGUCAACCAAUACGUCAACCCGAUCGGACUUCAAAAUGCAGGUUGGAAGUACUACAUUGUAUAUGUUGUGAUACUGCUGAUUGAGAGUAUCAUUGCCUAUCUAUUCUUCUUAGAGACGAAGGGGAAAGCCUUGGAAGAAAUUUCGGUCCUGUUUGAUGGUGAGGAGGCGGAUGUGAAGGCUAGGGCAUCGGAAAAGCUGGCAAUCAUGGAUGAUACAAUCGAGGAGCGUCACGAGCACGUUGUGCCGACGAAAAACUAGAGCAUCAUUUGGCGGCUCGGUGUUUUGGAUAUCUUUUUUUUUUUUUUUUUUUUAAAUCUAUAGACUAUUUAGCUGCUCUCUAGCGCUAUGUAGAUGUACUGUUAUAGACUAGUUAUAUAUAUAAUCACGGGCUAAUUAGCCUCGUAUCUAGAGCUGAACAGAGUAUAAAAGAAACUAGUAUAAAUAAAAGAAAUC